AUGUCCCUUGCUGCAUUCCGGCGACACCACCAACACGACGAGCUGGCUCAGCUGGCCGAGUCGCAUUUCGAACAUGACUUGACGACAGAUGACCGCGAGGUGCUGAAAGGAGCUGCCAAGACGAUCAGCUGGCACGCGUCCUUCGGGUCCAUCGUCGGGCUCGGCCUCGGCUGCUUCCUGGCGUAUCGAGUCCGUGGGCUCCGGAGGAAUUGGUUCAACGAGUUCAGGACUUCUGAUCAACCGAAGCAGGUUAUCUUCCACAGCGGAAAGACAUUGGAUGUUCCGGACGUGACCUCAAGGCUGGCCCCGUCGCCGGUUGGGGACUUUGCAGCGUACUUGUUCCUUGGAAUGGGAGGACUGUUUCUUGGGGGAGAGACCGGCUUCCUUACCGGCACCUCUAUUGCGGCCAGGAGGGUGAGGGCAGAUGCCGAAAGACGCAAGCGAGUUGAGGACGCUUAUCGAGCAUUCAAAAUUGAUUUACUGCGCAAGCAGGCGAAAGAACUUGAGCAGGGUGGUGCUGUUUGGGACGACCCAACAAAGACAACGAGGAUCGCAGCGUACGCAGCCACGGAUAUCGACCCCGUCCGGCCGUCCAACGCCACGCCGAUUAUAGCCAACGCCAAGAGCUCGGAGAAGAGCAUCGUGGCCAGGCUCGUCCCGACCAGUGAUACCAAGACGCUGUUGGUCAGCGCCGUGACAAGCAUAGGCCCGAUGAUUGCCAGGCCACCGAAGACGCCCGAAGUGAAGCGUUCGAAGAAGAGGCGGACCUCGUAG